AAAAUGGCGGGAGAAUCGAGGGAGCUGGAUCAGACACCCACAUGGGCUGUUUCUGCUGUCUGUGCAAUCAUCGUCAUUAUUUCGAUUUUAUUGGAGAAGGUCCUUCAUAAAGUCGGAAAGGUCUUCGAAGAAAAACGCAAGAGAGCGUUGUUUGAUGCUCUCGAGAAAAUUAAAAGCGAGCUUAUGGUUCUAGGAUUUAUAUCCCUUAUCCUGACGUUCGGUCAAGUCUACAUUAUCAAAGUUUGUAUUCCUGUAACUCUCGCAGAUACCAUGUUACCGUGCCCCAAAAGAGGGGAUUAUUCGCAUGCUGAAGCUGCACACGAACCAGGAAACACCGGUGGGGAACAUCACCGUAGGCUUUUAUGGAAUGAGCGCAGAUUUUUAGCUGCCGAUAGCGAACCUCCUGACUGCAAGGAAGGGUCUGUGCCGCUUAUGUCCAAUCAUGGAUUACAUCAGUUGCACAUCUUCAUAUUCUUCUUGGCAGUGUUUCAUGUUAUAUACAGUUGCAUAACUAUGAUGCUUGGAAGACUCCAGAUUCGUGGGUGGAAGAUGUGGGAAAUGGAGACUGUCAGUGAUUAUGAGCUCUCAAAUGAUCCUUCAAGAUUCAGGCUUACUCAUGAGACUUCUUUUGUGAGAGACCAUACCAGUUUCUGGACUAGAAUCCCUUUCCUUUUCUAUAUUGUGUGCUUCUUUCGACAAUUUUUCAGGUCUGUUCGCAAAGCUGAUUACUUGACCAUGCGCCAUGGUUUCAUCACCGUUCAUUUAGCACCUGGGAGUAAGUUCGAUUUCCAAAAAUAUAUAAAAAGGUCCUUAGAAGAUGACUUCAAAGUAGUUGUGGGAAUCAGUCCAUUACUAUGGGGUACAGCAGUGACCUAUCUGUUUAUUAAUGUUAGUGGUUGGCAUGCUAUGUUUUGGGCAUCCUUAAUUCCUCUAAUUGUAAUAUUAGCAGUUGGGACAAAGCUUCAAGCCAUUAUAACACAAAUGGCUGUAGAAAUUCAAGAAAGACAUGCAGUAGUCCAGGGGAUUCCUCUUGUACAAGUCUCCGACAAGCACUUCUGGUUUAGUUGGCCUGAAUUAGUUCUUUAUCUCAUUCAUUUCACCCUGUUUCAGAAUGCCUUUGAGAUUACAUAUUUCUUCUGGAUAUGGUAUGAGUUUGGGUUGAGAUCUUGCUUUCAUGAUGAUUUCAGACUUAUAAUUUUAAGAGUAUUUCUUGGGGUAGGAGCUCAGUUCUUGUGCAGCUACAUUACACUUCCACUUUAUGCCCUUGUUACUCAGAUGGGUUCGACAAUGAAGAAAUCCAUAUUUGACGAACACACUUCCAAGGCCCUAAAAAAGUGGCAUAUGAAUGCAUUAAAGAAGAAGGAGGGAAAGACAGGACCAUGUCCUGCUAGAACUUUGGGUGGGAGCCCUGGUGAAUCCCCACAAAGCGCCCCCUUGGGUGCCCAUACUAUUUUCCAGAAUGCAAGCCACCAGGAUGACCACCUCUCAGACAUGGAAGCAAUCCCAUUAUCACCUCAGCCCCCAAUUUGA